GACCUGUUGGAGGGUGCUGGUAUAGAAGAAAUUAUGUAAUGGUUAUUAAGAGUUGAUCAACAUAGAUUCGAUUUGGGAGCCAGCGCCAAAACUUAUUCCGAACACUUCCUGCUUUUGUUCUUGUUUCGAUCUUUAGAUCGCACAAUGCAAGUCAUGUUUGUUUGUGGCGUCUCGGUGGGGGCGUCUCUGGGGGUGUCUCGUCCCGCCCAAGCGCCCGCUGGUCGUGGACUCAUGGCUCAAGUGUUCGAGCCACACAUGGAACACGGCCAGGCCCGGCAACGGCCAGGGGCCAGGGCCCAAGUCAUUCGUGAACACAGAGGACCAAUGAUAUAUUGCAGCUGUAGACGUGAAGUCCGUCCGGUGUCCACCAUGUUUCAGAGGUGAAAAGGCUAUUUUGGGGGGUCCAGCCAAUCCUUUGGAGUCGUUCUAUUUUUGGGGCUGGAUUCGACCAUGCCAGUGCAGCACGGACCGGUGACCUGUGGUUGGUUGUUGGCGAACGUGUCACCUGUCGGUGAUCGCUUGGUUGGAUGCUCAUUUUGCUUUGGCGGGUGAAAGUCAGCCCGAGAUCAUCGGUAGACAUGCCCACCAUGCAGGCCCUUUUUGCCAUGCCCCACGUGAAAGCCCUUCUCGCCCCAGGCGUCAUGGAGGGGCAGCGCGCCAGUUAUGGGGCGCAGCACGUCCCGGGUCUCACGGACCAACGCUUCGAGGGGCAAAUUGUGAGGUAUUUGCCCGACAAGGGCUACGGCUUCAUCAGGUGUCAAGAGUUGCGACAAAGUCGCUAUCCCGACCGGGAUAUAUUUCUGCAUCAGAAGCAGCUGGGGAACUUGAAAGAGGGCGACGCCGUGAGCUUCGGGAUCCUGCUGAAUCGCGACGGCAAGCCCACGGCCACCGAGCUUGCCUACUUGAACGGUGGCGGCCAGCAACAACAACAGCAGCCGCAGCAGUACCAGCAGCAGUACGACCAGCAGUACCAGCAGCAGUACUCGCAACAGUACCAACAGCAGCCGCAGCAGCAGCAACAGUACGAGCAGCAGUACCAACAACAGUACCAGCAGUACCCACCGCAGUACCAGCAGCAGUCGCAAGACCACUAUGGCAUGCAGGGCAUGCAAGCUUUUGGUGGCCAGGAACAGGCGGCCGCCUGGGAGCCGCAGGAGGAAGAAGGCACUCACGAAGUGGAAGUGCCCAAGGAUGUGGUGUCCCAGCUGGAGGGAGGGUUCGAGGACCGAGGAAUCGUUCCUGGUGCACAGCAGGGCACAGCUUAA